GUAUCUGCUGACGCCGUCCCUCCGGCCUCCGCCAUCUUCAACGUCCCCAUUGUUUGCAUCAGACUGCAGCCGCGCGGCGUGGACGUGACACACACAGACAUUUUUUUUUUAGCACAUAUCCGUAGCCCCGAACCUUACCCCGGUUUUUUUUGGGUCGCUUGAGGUCAACGCGAGAUAUUUUGUAUGUCCUUUAUUUAAAAGGGUGCUCUCUGGACGUGACCGCCAAACCUUGACGAUGGACGACGACCAGCCGAGAACCUUGUAUGUGGGGAAUCUGUCCAGGGAUGUUACCGAGCCCCUCAUUGUGCAGGUCUUCACACAGAUAGGACCCUGCAAAAGCUGUAAAAUGAUUGUUGAUACAUCUGGAAAUGAUCCAUACUGCUUUGUGGAGUUCUAUGACCACAGGCAUGCUGCCGCCUCAUUGGCAGCCAUGAAUGGAAGGAAAAUAAUGGGUAAGGAAGUCAAAGUCAACUGGGCCACUACGCCAACAAGCCAGAAAAAAGACACAAGUAAUCACUUUCACGUCUUUGUCGGAGACCUCAGCCCUGAAAUAACUACAGAAGAUGUCAGAGCUGCCUUUGGUCCCUUUGGAAGGAUAUCUGAUGCACGUGUGGUCAAAGACAUGGCUACAGGGAAAUCAAAAGGCUAUGGCUUUGUGUCUUUCUUCAAUAAAUGGGAAGCAGAGAACGCCAUCCAACAGAUGGGUGGCCAAUGGUUAGGAGGGAGACAGAUCCGAACUAACUGGGCCACGAGAAAGCCUCCCGCGCCAAAAACCACAUAUGAAAGUAACUCCAAGCACCUAUCUUUUGAUGACGUAGUGAGCCAAUCAAGCCCCAGUAAUUGCACUGUGUAUUGCGGUGGUGUCAGCACAGGACUGACAGAACAACUAAUGAGACAGACCUUCUCCCCUUUUGGGCAAAUUUUGGAAAUCAGAGUUUUCCCCGAUAAAGGUUAUUCAUUUGUAAGGUUUAGCUCCCACGAUUCAGCAGCCCAUGCCAUUGUGUCUGUGAAUGGAACUUCAUUAGAAGGCCAUAUAGUCAAGUGCUACUGGGGUAAAGAGAACCCAGACAUGAUGAACCCGGUGCAGCAGAUGCCUGUGCCUCAGCAGAACAAGGUGAGCUUCCCGGCAGCUCAGCCCUACAACCAGUGGGGACAGUGGUACAGCAACGGGCCUCAGAUUAGCCAGUAUGUCCCAAACGGGUGGCAGGUUCCCACUUACGGUGUCUAUGGUCAGGCCUGGAAUCAGCAGGGCUUCAAUCACUUACCGGCCAAUGCUGGGUGGACUGGCAUGAGCGCCAUCAGUAACGGUGGGGUUAUGGAGGCCGCACAGGGAUUGAAUGGGAGUAUGUUGGCCAACCAGCCCGGUAUGGGAGCCGCAGGAUACCCCACACACUAAUAAGGGGGGGACAGAAACGGAGAUAUGUCAACAGUCAGCCUUUUUGGGGGGGCAUUAAGAUGCCCUGCAGGGCUGCGUUAUCACCACCUCCCCUUUUUGGCUGGACUAAGUCUUACUAGGAUGUGGCUCUGAACGGGAAGGUUGACUUCUAUUGGAGAUGUAAAUGGGACUUCUUUGAGGGGAGGAUUUUGAGCCACACGGGUUUUACACCCCCUGUGUUAGCCAAGACUGGCUGAGAUCCAGGGCUCUUACUGUUUUUAAGUUAACUGCAAAUGACUUUUUCCACCCCAGGAUUUUACAAAUUGCUUCCACUUUCGUUUUUUUUUUAAAAAAAAGUGAAUUUUGCUGAGUUCUUUGAGGAAUGAAAAUGUCUAUUGCAGGGAUUGUUGCCACUGCCGUUUCUCUGUAAAGGCAGAUCAAUAUUGCACAGGUUUCCCCCUUUCUUCUUCUUGAGCAAUCUACCAAAAUAUAUUUUUUAUUUUGGACAGCCUCAAAUCUCUUUUAGCCUCGUGUAAAUAAGUCUUCAUUGGAAAAUGAUGUAAGUAAAAUGCCACUGCUGAGUGUGGGUGCUUGCUUUCAUUUAGCUUGGCACAACUUUAGCAGUGAACUCUCAUAAUGUGCGUAGCGGAACGUGACAAAGGAUUCUUCCAUGCAGGGACUCGGAUAGCAUUGCCCUGCAGUGCAGGCUUCAAACGUUUUGACACAAUCUUAAUGUAAAGAAACAUGUUGGACUCUUGUUUUUUCUAUGGAUGCCAGUAUUUUAUAUCAAAAGUCAGAGGAUCAUUCAACCUUUACAACCUGCUCUGUUUGUCAUAGAGAAGCGAGGCCUACAUUGCUGUUGCCUUAUGGAGCUGCUUUCUUUUAGCUAAUAAAAUACUUAGACUUUUUUUUUUGUAUUAGGCAGUGCCUGCAGUUUUCUUCAGACCCUUUUGUCUAGGAAGGAGUUAGCCCUGAGAACUGAUGACUCUGCUACUGUAUUCUGUGUUUUUCUUGCUUUUGUCCUAUUAAAAUGCGAAUGCACACA